AUAAAGUUAGCGGUCUACGUGUUUCCCAGACAUGGAAGCCAAUUGGCGAGGGAUUCUCGCACUGUGCCUCUUGAUCCCAGUGGCUCAUGGGGCUGUCAAUGAGUCAACGCUGCGGCAUCACCACUUUAGCUACGGACCUUUAAACGCCAGUCUGGAUUACACGCCGGAAUUCAGUAGAGGAUCAGAGGAAACGCGGGGCAUAAUCCCUUCUCAUCAUGAGCCGCACCUGAUUCGCAGCUCAGUAAUAUUUGGACUGACCAAAGUGGCCAACAGCAGCAACGUGAGUCCCAGUUGCUACAACCACCUGCAACAGGUGCAAAGGGGCAUUCUCAGCAAGCAGCCUUGGGCCAUGAAAGUACUCGAUGCUUCUGGAACAAAGCCAUCUGGAUUCGUUUUUGGCCAAAACUACUGGCUGGGUAGUCGGGAGGCCUGUCGUGGAGUCCAGCGACCCGUGGGAAUUACACUUUCCCGGAAUUAUGAACGCAAGAUGCACUACAGCAUCCUGACCCAAAGCGCUCCCUUUUCAAUGGACUACCGUGUGAUCUACUUGCGACACCGAUCUCCGUGGCAAGUGGAGAUCAAGGUGAUGUCCGAGCAAGUGUUGCACAUAGGUCUGUGCCUGCCCAGCGCCUGCGAUUCGGAGGAAGUGAAGCAAAUAGCCAGGGACUAUGUGUCUGGUGGAACCUUUGCCGAAGAUGAUAUCUUUGACAUGCGACCGGAAGUGCUAUACAUGAAGGAUCUGAAACUGAGCAAUCGUUUCUACCAGCGACUGACAUUCAAGCUAGUGGUGGGCUCGGUCCUGGCCACUGGAGCUCUAAUGGUCUGUGCCCAGCAGCUACGAGUGGCCAAGCGAGGCAAUGAACCGGAUCUUGGCUUGGCUCCCGUUGAAUCAGAAAUCUGGCAGAUUCUGGACACGCUUCUCCAGUGGCAGCCCCUGCAGAGCUUUGUCUCCUGCUUCGAUGUGGUGAACAAUUGGAAUAAGAUUUCCGCCACGAGACAGAACCAGCCCGGAGAGAUUCCCAUCAUGAAUGGCCUGAGAUCUAUCUGCGCCUUUUGGAUUCUAAUAUUCCAUGUGGUGUGGUACAUGUACUUUACAGUCCAUAACAAAACAGUGCUUAUAUCAUAUGCGGAAAAGGCUUUGUUUCAAUACGUGUCCACAGCUCCCCUCUUGGUGGAUGUAUUCUUUACCAUCAGUGGCUUUUUGCAAACUUACAACUUCUUGAGAAACGCCAAGCAACUGGAGGCGGUCCGUGGUAAUGGGCUUUGGGGAAACAUGAAACUUUACGGAAAACUCUUGUUCCACCGAUAUCUGAGGUUGGGACCACUCUAUCUGGUGGUUGUGGGCAGUGUGGAUCUGGCCUUCUCGUACAUUGGAGAUGUCUCCGUUUAUCACAUUAAUGAACGAUUCGACGAACUGUGCACCCAGCACUGGUGGAGGAACCUGCUCUUCAUCCAGAACCUUUUCGAUCACCGGGAACUUUGUGCGAAUUGGAGCUGGAGUCUAGCCUGCGAUAUGCAGUUUUUCCUCCUGGCUAAUCUAAUGCUCUUUGUUUACGCCAAACAUCCCAAAACCGCAAAAGUAUUGACUUUGACCGGACUCCUGGCCACCAUUACUUGGUCCUAUGGGAUUGGCAUCAACUAUAAGUUUGAGUUCUCCUUCGACUCCACCUACGCCACUGGAACCCAAAUCUACACCAGUCCUUUUGUCAGGAUUUUGCCCUAUAUUGUGGGCGCCAUUGCUGCCUGGUGUCUUCAGGAGCAACGCUUCCUGUUCGAGAUGACAGAAAGGCAGAACCGGCGGCUCUGGCACUAUAGUAUUUGGGUGUUUCUGGGAUGCAUAUACUCCACGGUGAAACGGGAUCUGGGUCACCUGAUAACAAUAUCCCUAUUUGUUUUGGGACGUGCUCUAUUCUCGCUUACCGUUUGCUGGAUGGUCGUGGGCAGUGCCAAGGGAAGCGGAGUCUGGUGGUCACGCCUGCUGGAGGCCAAGUGCUUCCAGCAUUUAAAUCGACUGUCCUACGCCAUUUAUCUGUUGAAUCCCUUGGUGAUUGCUCUCGUCUACAGUCUCACCAGUGCUAGUACACACGCCGAUCCGUUUAUGCUGAGCGUGGUCUGCUGUGGUUUCGCCUUGAUCGUGUACCUCGUAUCCAUAGUUUUUUCUCUGGCUUUUGAGCUGCCCUACAGCAAUCUUUCUAGUUUACUGCUACGACGGCAGGGAAAGUCCAAAGCUUCAUAAACUGUGAUUACCUCUCGUUUAUUAUAUUGAAACUAAGUCAGUUAAUAAUAAGAAAUUUAAGAUUAAAAACAUUUUAAA